UUUAGUGUGGAUGUUGAUUGUGUGAGGGAUUCUCCACCGCUUGCAAUCUUAUUUCCUAAGGCUCAUGAACAUCAGCUCAGCCUUACACCAAGGAAAAUAUCUUUUGAUUGUGAUGCUUGUGGGAUGGCGGGUGAUCGGAAUCCUUAUUCAUGCCAACAAUGUGAUUUCAUGAUCCAUCAAAGCUGUAUUGACUUACCGGAGAUCGUCAACGUCAACCGUCACGAGCAUCGUCUUUCUAGGCGUCUUCAUCUAAGUCCUGGGAGUUGGAUAUGCGGAGUUUGUCACAAAAACGUUGAUUGGUCAUAUGGUGCAUAUUCUUGCUUGACUUGUCCUAAUUAUGUCAUUCAUUCUAAAUGUGCAAUACAAAAUGAUGUAUGGGACAAGUUAGAGCUCAAAGGGAUACCAGAAGAACCUAUAGAAAUCGAACCAUUUAAGGUGAUAGAUGAAAACCUAAUAUGUUAUAUUAGUCACGAGGAACAUUAUUUACAACUCAACGAGGAUAGUAUCAUAUCCGGUGGAAGCAUCCGUUGCGAAGCAUGUGUGUUACCUAUAAAUUCUCAACCGUUCUACAAGUGCGUGCAGUGCCAUUUCAUCCUCCAUCAAACAUGUGCUUAUCUUCCUAGGAAGAAACGUCAUUUUUAUCAUGACAAGCCAUUAACUUUAAUAUGUGGUGACAUGAUAGAGAGUGGUUGCUCAAUGUGCGACAAACAUUCUGAUGGUUUCAAGUAUACUGAUUUUCAGUUCUUCAGUAUAGAUGUUACGUGUGGCACACUUUCUGAAUCUAUCAUCCAUGAAAGUCAUCCAUGCACCUUGUACUACAAUGACGAGAAGCAUAUGAAAUGUUCUUCUUGCAACCGCUUGGAGUAUCGACUGUUUAGUUGCGAUGACUGCAACUUUGCAUUAGAUAUAAAAUGUGCUGUUUUGCCAAAAACAACACAACACUGGAACGAUGAGCAUCUUCUCUAUUUAUGUUACGAGAAAAACAAGAAAGGAGAAUAUUGGUGUGACAUCUGCGAAGAGAAAAUAGAUACCGUGAUAUGGUUCUAUAAAUGUGAUAGUUGCUGUGUCACGUUCCAUACCAAAUGUGUUCUCGGCGACUUUUCACGUUUUAUGCCGGGACGGAUAGCCACAUAUGGAAAGUGGAGAAUCAAAGUGAUGCAAACCAGUCCUGGUUUCUUACCACGUUGUUACGUUUGUCAUACUCAGUGCCGGCUUAGCAUGGAGGACGGUCAGUGCGACGGUCCCAGGACUCAUCCUAAUUUUUUUUUUAAAAUUUUUUUCUUAGUAACAUAUAUAGUAUACUAAAUUUAAACUUAUGUAGUAUUAUAAAAUGUGAGUACAGAAAUUUAAUAAAAAUUCAAAUUAAAACAUGCAUGUUAGUUUAUUUGUGUAAAAGUAACUUAAAUAUAUUUAAAAUUAGUUAUUAUGUAGGGUCUAAAUAUAUAUUUUUUAUAAUAUUAGGUCUAAAAGAAUUUUUUUGCACUAGGGUCCUUAAUAGUGUUGAGCCGGCCCUCGUCAUACUCGACGUGCAAUUCCCUUUGUUUUAAACGUUUUUUAUCCCAAGAAAAAUGUAUUCAUUUGUUCUUUAGAAUGUUUAUUCAGAACCGGAUUACGUAAAGAUUUGUAUUAAAUGCCAUAACGUACUCCUUUUUA